UUUGUCAACUGAACAUGACUAUUGGUUCUAUAUUUCUGGUUGCUUUUAUAAUUUCUUUGGUUCAAGCUGAAUCGGUCCCUGUAAUGUGUAAAUGUCCGGUACUGAAACAAGUGGAUGCGGAAGUUUAUGCAAAAAUGAGAGCACAACAGAAUAUGUCGAUUGGUGAGAUUCCAAAGUUUGCACCAUUGGAUAUUGAUUAUGGAGAUGAUUGUACUCAAGUUUCAAUUACUUGUUUAUAUCCACGUUUUACAAGACAUCGAUCUUCUGUAUAUUAUACCAAUGGAGUUAAUUUCUCAACAGUUCGCCGCCAUGAUUUGUCUGAUAAGUACAGUAUCCGAUGUAACCAAAUGACAGGAGUUUGGCUAUCAGACGAAAAUUCCGAGAUUAGUUAUGUGCCUAUCGUCCGAUGCUUGUGAACAAGGUUUUCUCUGGAAUUUGGGAAGAGUUUAGCCAUUUCUUCAAUGUGAUCUGGGAUAUCUUGAAGACUAACUUCGGAUUCCUAAAGUUUAUCGUUGGCUAUGAAUAAUUUUGUUCGAAAUAAAUAUGUUUCAUCA